GCUCGCGGACGACCCCCAUGGCCAGCAUGGCUCCCUCCCCUUGCUGCUGGAGGGCCUCUCCAUGAUGUCAGGAUUGCUCUGCGCUCGGGGUUCAGGGCUGAUCCCGCAUCAUUGACCCUGACGGAGCAGUCGGAAGUUCAUAUACCGGCCAGCAACCACGAACGAGAAGAACCCAAUUGCUCUUGCUCUCUUGCUCUCUCCUACUCCUCUCUACUAUGCUUCCCACCAGUCACCUCCAUUGAACCACGAACAGCAUGUCUUCCACUCGCGCAAAGGGGAACACGGCUGUGAAUGGGAAUGGGGGCACCACCACCACCACAACCACCACAACCACCGCCAACUCCCUCCCCAUCCUCCGCGAGACGGUCAACACUGUCUCCCACGAGUGUCCCUCGCGCCUGGGAGCCUCCGCGAGCGAGGUCCAGGCCAAAUCACCCACCCUCGAUGUCUUCUUCGAUGCCAUCGCCGCGGAACGACUGCGGCGCAUGCCCCCGGAUGGCAGUCGGUUAGAUGGAGCCCUGCGGCGCGCGUCUCGCCUCGCCGUCGCGGUGGGCUCGCUGCGAGACUCGGUCUACAGCUUCAUGGACGGCGCGGAGGAGGCCACCCAGUUGGUCUGGGGCACCACCCUGCUGCUGCUGGAGAUGGGGAUCGACCACAUCGAGGUCAUCGACAGCCUCUUCGGCCGGUACGGGCGCAUCACGCUGGGCAUCUCGCUGUUGCUGCAGCAGGAGACCUUCUUCCCGACCUCGCGGGCCCUGCAGCAGCAGGUGGCCGAGAUCUAUGCCCACCUGCUGCAGCUGGUCGUGCAUGUCGCCUCCGAAUAUCGCCAAGGCACGCGCACGCAGCACUGGCAGACGGUGAGCAGCGCCGUCGAUACGGCCUUCUUCCGCUACACGAAUCGCUUCGUCACCCACUGGCGUCGCAUCUCAGCCAUCGUCCUCGAGUCCAGCACGGCCAAGAUGACCGCCACCGUCGAUCUGUCCGCCAUCUACCAGUUCCUCGAGCUGCAGGACCGCCCCCUGCAGAUGCUGCUUGAGGGCCACAACCACUCCCUGGCCGACGGCUCCUUCGCCUGGUUUGACCCCCAUCUCACCACCUUCGCCAUGGGACGGCGCAGUCUGCUGAUGGUCCGCGGCAACCCGGGCGCCGGCAAGAGUGCCCUGGCCCAGUGGACGGUCGAGCGAUUGCAGGCCUCAUCGGAAUACGACAUCUGGAACGUCAUCCCCGUCACCAUCCGCUCGGACGUGCCCAUCUCCACCCUCACCCUCAGCAUUCUCAAGGGCAUCCUCAUCCAGAUGCUCGACCACUGCGUCAGCAGCCGCAAGACCCAGGACGGCAUCCUGGUGGCCGUCAUGGGCGCCCUGGAGCUGGCCGUGUCCGGAGCCUCCGACCCCCAGGUCGAGGGCCAGCUGUGGACGGCGAUCCGCACGGCAGUGCAGUCGAAUCUGCACUUCAUGCUGGUGAUCGACGGCUUCGACCAGAUGAAGCACGCGGAGACCACCGUCGGCGCCUUCCUGGGCCUGCUGCAGGACACCGUCGCCAACACGCCCUCCAAGCUGGUCAUCUUCAGCCGUCCCAUGUCCGCCGAUCUGCUGCCCAUCCGCGAGACGGUCGUCACGCACCAGGUGGCCAUGAACGCCGCCACCACCCAGCUGGACCUGCAGGCGGCCGUGACCGACAUGAUGAUCGCCGACUCAGCCUUCUCCGGUCUCGAGGCGACUCAGCGCGAGUCCCUGAGUGCGGCCAUUGUGACGCGAUCCUUGGGCUGCUUCGUGUGGGCCCAGCUGGCCGUCGAGGCAGUGCGCCACCAGACGACCUUCCACGACAUGAACUCGGCCGUGGCGCGCAUGCCCAAGACGCUGGGCGACCUGAUCGACUCGCACCUGCGUAACAUCAACCUGAACCGCGUGGGCACGCAGAGCCUGCUGGCCUGGCUGGCCGCCAGCGAGCGGCCCCUGCGCAUCCCCGAGGUCGAGCAGCUGCUGGCCGUCGAUCUGGGGACGCUGAAGGUCGCCGCACGCACCCCCAACGUCGAACGCGACGUCUUCCAGCCCUUGAACCGGCUGAUCUCGGUGCGCGAUGGCUUCGUCGCCUUUCGCCACCCCAUGAUCCGCGAGCACCUGCAGGCACGCGCCCAGAUGCGCCAGGAGCUGCCUUUCUCGCUGGCGGACGCCCACUACGACCUGCUUAUCCGCUGCCUGGCCUGGGUGCGUCGCUCCGUGACGGACGAGGUCACCGUGGCCUGGGACAAGAUGAGUGUCUACGUGCGCGACCGCUAUCUGGACGCGUACGUGCUGCUGGAAUACACUGCGCGGUACUGGCUGUCACACAUGCUGGCCUCGCCGAUGGCCUCGUCGGACCGCGAGCUGUCGUUCCCAACCUCCUUCCGCCGCGCCAUGCCCGAUACCGUACUGUUCGCUCAGCUGGAGCUGACCAACCGUGAGUCACAGUUCAGCCGCUCCAGCAUCGUGGAGCUGUACCGACUGGCCGUCGGGGUGCGUCGCGUGGUGCUGGGCAACGAGGCCCCGGCGGUGCUGCAGACCCUCAUCCUCAGCGCGCGUGCGGCCGAGAAGGCUCACGCCUCGUGGGCCAACGACCAUCUGUACCAGGCCUGGACCCUCAGUCGCAGCCAGCUGGGCACCUCCAACGACCUCACCCGCGAUCUGGAGCAGAUGCUGGUGGCCACCCCCGAAGGUGCCGGACGUGCGGACCGCGCUGCAGGGCUCAAGACCGAUGCCCUGCGCGACAUGACGCUGGCCGGCUGGGGCUCGUCGGACCUCAGCUUCGCACAGCGGCUGCAGUACCUUGACCGGUUGGUCACCACGUACCAGGAGAACAAGCAGAACGACGAGGCCUACGCCGUGUCCAAGCAGUUCUACCGGCAAACGGUCAAGACGUACGGCGCGCACUCGUCCGAGACGGUCCAGGCGGCCGACUUCCUGACGAAGCAUUUCAAGAUCGCCCCCCCCGACGAGCUGGCCCUGGAGCUGGCGCGCACCAAGUACGAGACGAUGGUGCAGUCGAUGGACGCCACUGACCCGCGACGCAUCGCGUACUCGCUGUACCUGGCGCAGCUGUACGAGGAGAACGGGCACGCGGGCAAGGCCGAGACGGUGCUGUCGCGCCUGUGGGCUGGAUUGUCGGCACGCGAGGUCGACACCACCAGCUCGUGGGACCAGAAGACCAAGGUGGCCUUCUACUACUCGCAGUUCCUGCGGCGGCAGCACCGGCCGGACCAGGCGACGACGAUCCUGCGCGAGCUGUCGGCCGAGCUGGAGGCCGAAGGGGGCGUCAAGUCGCCCGAGAUGGUCAAGCGAGCCGACGAGCUGCGCGGCGAGGCGCGCGAGAUGAACCUGACGGACAUGGAUCGAGCCCUGGCGAUGCAGAUGUGGAAGUACUACCAGACCUCGGGCGAGCAGUACUCGCCCCAGGCCGUGUCGCUGGCCGAGUCCCUGACGGACGGCAUGAUCCCCACGCGCGAGGCCUCGACGGCCGAGACCGAAUACAUGCUGGCUGCCGUGUCCCCCGAGGACUACGAGCUGCUGCCCGGCUGGAUCGACACGCUGGCGUCGGCCGGCAGCGAGCGCGACGGUGACAUGAUGGCCAUCCUGAUGCUGUCGCACCAGCUGGCGACGCAGCACAUCCGCGAUGAGGAGUGGCGCGAGGGCAGCCACUGUGCCUGGGCGGUGCUGAAGCACACCUGGCCGUCGGUCGAGGAUGCGCAGAGCAAGGCCAAGUUCUCGUCCGAGCUGGCCCCCGUCAUGUCGACGCUGGCCCUCGACUAUGCGUACUGCCUGUUCCGGCGGCUGGACGUCUCGACGGCCACGGUCGUGUAUGGCAACGCCUUCCGGGCGUCCAUCACGGCCGAGCAGGUGGCUGUGCCGGCCGUCAACACCGUCAUGAAGACGGUGGUCGAGUUCUACGAGACCACCUUCCAGUUCGACAAGGCGCUGGUGCUGCUGCAUCAGGUCAGCGAGUUCUACGCCUCGCGCCUGGGCGUGCAGGACAAGAACACCCUGGACAGCCUCUACUACGAGGCCGACCUGGCGCUGCGCCUGAACCGCCGCCUCGAGGCCGAGGACAGCUACCGCCGCAUCUAUCAGGGCUGCCUGCGCGACGGCAAGAUCUCCUCUUCCGGCGUGCGCGCGGCCGUGGCCCUGGUGACGCUGUACGAGCAGGACAAGAAGUGGGACGCCGCGCUGGAGGUCUAUCGCCACCUGUGGCCGACGCUGGUGCGCUUCGACGAGAAGGACGGCUAUGACCGGGCCCUGCUCGAGGGCCUGCUCCCCAAGACCUAUACCGGCUACGUUGCCAUCCUCGACAGCACGUCCAGCGAGGCCGGAUACGCCGAGCGCCAUCAGGUGGCCCAGCAGCACCAGCAGCUGUGUCGCAAGCUGUACGGGCCCACCAGCGCGCGCACCCGCGACGCCACCAUGUAUCUGGCGGCGCUGUGUGCCGGGAGCGAUCACCACCGCGGCGAGGCCAUCGACCUGUACCGGCAGGUGCUGAAGACCAACGACUGGGUGUCGGCCGCCGAGGCCUCGCGGUCGCUGCCGGAGAUGACCCAGCCGCUGCCCAUGGACAUCAAACACCGCAUGGCCCAGCUGCACAUGCGCCAGAAGGACACCUCGCCGCAGGCCUGCGCCCUGUACACGGAGGAGCUGGCGCUGUCCAAGCAGCAGCAGGGGCUGUCCGCGCCCACCACGCUGCUGUGGCUGCGCGAGAUCGCCCGGAUGUACUCCCUCCAGGACAGCAUCGACUCGCGACGCAAGGGUGCCGUGCUGCUGAACGAGCACGUCGACGAGGUUGUGCAUGUCACGGCCAACCACGACGCGCUGGUCGACCGCGCGCGCCAGCUGGCGGAAAUCUACCUCGAGUGUGGCUACACGACCGAGGGCUGGGAGCUGAUCGACCGGCUGCACCAGCAGGUCAUCCACGACACGCCGGCCGCACAGCGCCAGAACCUGGAGGAGUACCGGCCGGCGGUGUUUGUGGCCUCGUUCGAAGAGGUGUUCGGGCGGACGCGGUCCUCGCGGCAGAUCCUGGACGACCUGGCCCGUGAAGGCCAGGUGUACAACGUCUUCCAACAGAGCCUAUCCAGCCACGACCUGAUGCCGACGCUGGCGGCUGGCGAGAAGCUGCAUCGGUUGCAGACGGAGCAGAAGCGCACUGCGUCCGCGCAGAAGACGCAGGACAAGCUGUACGAGUACUUCUGCAACACCCUGUCCGUGGCCCAGCCGCUGCGCAAGAAGGACGUCGUGCACCAGUUCUAUGCCAUGUGCCGCCGCGAGUCGCUGCACGACGACUACAACAUCAACAUCGUCACACAGUCCACCAGCCUGGUGCGCGACCUGUGCAACCGGUCGCGGUUCCAGGACGCGGCGGACGUGACAGGGGUGUUCCACUCGUUCGUCCAUCUCACGGACGGGCUGCGGCUGACGGAGAGCCUCUUCACGGCGAUUAAGCUGUGUCUGUAUCUCAGCGGGUACCAGGUGCCCAAGUGCACGGACGGCACGACGGCCAAGGCGAUGUCGCUGGAGUCGCAGAUGCUGCUGCAGGAGAUCAUGACCAACGCCAAGGACCUGCAGCUGGAGUUCUCGGAGCUGCCGUUCGAGGAGCUCAACGACCUGGUGACGGUGCUGGGCGAGCACGAGCUGUUCGAGGACCUGGAGGCGAUCCUGACGGAUCUGUGGACGUCGCGCAUCGUGCAGAAGACGUGGACCCUGCCGGCGGUGGUGUGGAUCGGCCGCCGCCUGGUCGAGACGCGCUUCUGUCGCGGGCACGUCAGCGCAGCGACGACGCUGGGCAAGGACAUCUGCUACAACCUGCGCCAGGUCUGGGGCAACUCGGACCCGGUGACCCUGGAGAUGAACAAGCUGCUGUCCGGCCUCUACGCCGCGUCGGGCAACCACCUGGCCGCGGCGGCGCUGCACGAGACGGCGCUGGCCGAGCUGCUGAACAGCGAGACGGAGGACCAGACGGCGGCGGUCGAGGCCGUCACGCAGCAUCUGGACCUGCUGCAGCAUGCCCAGUCGCGACUGUCCAAGGAAGGCCAGAGUGCCGCCAUCGACGCCGAGGCCGCGCAGGAGCGCGUGCAGCAGAUCGCCACCAAGUUCGGGCUGUCGUCGGCUCGCCUGCAGGCCACGACGUCGUCAGCAGGCGACGAGUCGGUGGGCAUGUGGGAACGGCCGCGGCGGUUCAGUCUGGACGUCGAGGAGACGGCGAAGCAUUCCAACCAUCUCCGGCAGUCGAGCGGAUCAUCGUUGCUGACGGGCAAUGCGGGUGCCAAACGGCUGUCCAUCACGGCGCUGUAGGAGGCUAUAUAAGAUAGGGUUAGGGUUUGUGGGGGGGGGGGUUAUCAGAUUGUUUCCCAGAACGCCUGUGAUUGUGAUCGGAU